GCUGCGGAUGUCACUCAGGGAGGGCUGUGCUUCCAAGGUAACCGUGGUAACCUGGUGAGAGAGAGGAAGCUAAGAGGCUGGACAUUGCAUUGUGCUUGUGUCUGUCAUUCAGCUGCUCAUAUCUGCUGCCUGCAGCUCUCUGUGAAGCUUUCAGGACCUGUCUGCUACCUAUCCGGUUUUACUACAAGCAAUACAUCAAGCUCAACAAAUCACAUUGCCCUCCUCAAACACAGGAUCCGACUCACACUGGAAAUACAUGCUGUUGGUAUCCCCUGCCUGCUGCACUCUGUGAAGCUUUCAGCACCUGUCUGCUGUCCAGCCUAUCUUACUAAAAGCAAUAUUCUCCUCACACAGACAAAGAUGUCUCAAGUCAAGCAAGUAGGUCUUUUGGCUGCUGGGUGCCAGCCAUGGAACAAAGAUGUGUGUGCGGCCAGCGGAGACAGGUUUGCGUACUGUGCCACUCUUGCUAUUUAUGUAUAUCAGAUGGAUCAUCGCUACCAUGAAUUCAAACUCCGUGCUAUCAUGUCAGAACAUAAAAAGACAAUCACUGCCAUUUCUUGGUGUCCCGACAAUCCUGAUAUAUUUGCAAGUGCCAGUGCAGACAAUUUAGUUAUCAUUUGGAAUGUGGCAGAACAGAAAGUGGUAGCCAGACUUGAUAGUACAAAAGGAAUGCCGGCCUCCCUUAGUUGGUGCUGGAACUCAGGUGACGAUAUUGCAUUUGUGUCACACAGAGGGCCUCUCUAUAUAUGGACUAUUUCUGGGCCAGAAUGUGGAGUGACUGUUCACAAGGAGGCCCAUAGUUUCCUAUCAGACAUCUGUCUAUUUAGAUGGCAUCCACAGAAGGAAGGAAAAGUCGUCUUUGGGCACACUGAUGGUAGUCUUUCCAUUUUCCAACCAGGAUGCAAGAGUCAAAAGCACGUUUUACGACCUGAAUCCCUGGAAGGAACAGACGAGGAAGAUCCAGUGACAGCUCUAGAAUGGGACCCACUGUCUACAGAUUACCUUCUAGUUGCUAAUUUGCACAAUGGAAUCCGGCUGGUAGAUUCUGAAUCCUUGUGUUGUAUCACCACAUUCAGUUUACCAAGUGCUGCUGCUUCUGUUCAAUGUUUAGCCUGGGUACCCAGUGCUCCAGGCAUGUUUAUUACUGGAGAUUCUCAGGUUGGAGUGCUACGGGUAUGGAAUGUCUCCAAGACUACACCCAUAGAUAAUUUUAAAUUGAAGAAAACAGGCUUCCAUGCAUUACAUGUACUGAAUUCUCCUCCAAAGAAAAAAUCAUUUUUAGCACAUUCUCCAACUAAAAACCAUCACACGUCGUCUACCAGUGAGGCUGUUCCUCCACCAACGCUUACACAGAACCAAGCCUUCUCCCUGCCUCCUGGCCAUGCAGUCUGCUGUUUCAUGGAUGGAGGUGUAGGGCUAUAUGACAUGGGAGCCAAGAAGUGGGAUUUUUUAAGGGAUCUGGGUCAUAUUGAAACCAUCUUUGACUGUAAAUUUAAACCAGAUGAUCCUAAUUUAUUAGCUACAGCAUCUUUUGAUGGUACGAUCAAGGUUUGGGACAUUAACACUUUAACUGCAGUAUAUACAUCACCAGGAAAUGAAGGGGUUAUCUAUUCUCUUUCGUGGGCCCCAGGAGAUUUAAAUUGUAUCGCGGGUGCAACCUCCAGAAAUGGGGGCUUUAUCUGGGAUGUUAAGAAGGGGAAAAUGAUAACGCGCUUUAGUGAACAUGGAAAGAAUGGAAUUUUCUGUAUCUCAUGGAGUCACAAAGAUUCUAAGCGGAUUGCUACGUGUAGUGGAGAUGGAUUCUGCAUCAUUCGAACUAUUGAUGGAAGGGUUCUGCAUAGAUAUAAACACCCAGCUGCUGUUUUUGGAUGUGACUGGAGUCAAAAUAACAAAGAUAUGAUAGCAACCGGAUGUGAAGACAAAAACGUUCGGGUGUACUAUGUAGCAACGAGCUCUGACCAGCCUUUGAAGGUAUUCACAGGUCAUACUGCCAAGGUGUUUCACGUCCGAUGGUCCCCCCUUAGAGAAGGGAUACUCUGUAGUGGCUCAGAUGAUGGCACAGUGAGGAUCUGGGACUAUACGCAAGACGCGUGUAUAAAUGUUCUCAGUGGGCACUCAGCACCAGUCCGAGGGCUGAUGUGGAAUACUGAAAUCCCAUAUCUUUUAAUAUCUGGAAGCUGGGAUUACACAAUACGAGUUUGGGAUACCAGAGAUGGCACAUGUUUGGACACGGUUUAUGAUCACGGUGCAGAUGUAUAUGGUUUAACUUGCCACCCUAGUCGGCCUUUUACAAUGGCCUCUUGUUCCCGAGAUUCCACAGUGAGGCUCUGGUCCCUAACGCCAUUAAUAUCCCCUCUGCAGAUAAACAUCCUAGCAGACCGUCCAUGGGAAGAGAUCAUUGGUAACACUGACCGAGCAAUGGAGUCUGGCGCGCCACCAUUACUAUGUGGUAAAGUGUCCCGUGAUAUUAAACAGGAAGUGGAUAAACUGACUGGAAACUCAAGGGGGAAAAAGUUGAGAUGGUUUUCAGAAUGUUUUUCACCGCCAGGUGUAAAUACAAAUUUAUGGGAUCUGAUUGCUGUAUUGAAAGGUCAAGAUGACAGUUUACUGUCUCAGCAUUACUGUAAAGGAAUUAUUCACAUGAAACAUUUGGUCAGCUUUAAAACAUCUAAAGCGCAGGAACUAACAACAGUAAAAAUGUCCAAAUUUGGUGGUGGGAUUGGUGCACCGAGCAAAGAGGAGAGAUUGAAAGAAGCUGCGGAGAUUCACCUAAGAUUGGGACAGAUCCAGAGAUACUGUGAACUCAUGGUGGAGCUGGGAGAGUGGGACAAAGCGCUGUCUGUUGCUCCUGGUGUCUCUAUGAAAUAUUGGAGAAAACUUAUGCAAAGAAGAGCGAGUCAGCUCAUCGAGGAAGAAAAUGAUGCUGUCAUUCCCUAUUGCAUAGCUACUGGUGAUGUGAAGAAGCUUGUCAAUUUUUUUACUUCCAGAGGACAACUGAAAGAGGCCUUACUUGUGGCGCAGGCAGCUUGUGAGGGAAACAUCCAGUCUGGUCAUGUGUCAGUGCCUGCUGUAUCCCCAACUGAUGCAAACAACAUAGAGGAUUAUAAUGAGCUUCUUCACUCUGUCAGUACAGAUUUAGCUGAGUGGUAUUUCCAAGAUGGACGGGCUGUUCUUGCAGCUUGCUGUCAUUUGGCUGUAGAUAAUAUUGAGCUGGCCAUGGGUAAGCUGAUCCGUAGCAAUGAAUUGGAACUGGCAGUGUGCGUGGGCACGGCAAUCGGAGACAACGCAGCACCGGCUACACAAUACGCAUUAGAACUACUAGCAAGAAAAUGCAUGACCGUCACCACGUGCUUUCCCUCACUUGGAUACAGGGAUUUGGCAGCCGAUCUUCUCAGGAUGAUACCAAACAAUGAGCUCUUUCUGGUAAAGCUGUGCGCGUUUUAUCCAGGAUGCACUGCCGAGAUCAACGAUAUACACAGCAAAUGUAACUUACAGAGUUUGGAAGAAUGCACCCAGUUAGCCGAAACCUCCCAUGCAGAUGGAAAUAUCUUUGAUGCUGUUAAGUAUUAUUUGUUAAGUUUGGAACCCGAAAAGGCUCUUCCAAUUGGAAUCCAAUUUGUCAAAGAACAAAUCAGCACUUCAGACUGGACGUUGGACUCAAUUUGUCCUGUUCUUGAGCUCCUUAGUUACAUCCGAACUGAAAGACUGGUGCUCCAUAAAUGUAGUGAAGUUCGUAAUGAGCUGCUUAUUUUAUGUGGAUACACUGGUGCCUUGCUUGCUAUCAGGAGACACUAUGCUAGCAUUGUUCCCGCACUUUAUGAGUACACAAGCCAGCUGUUGAAACGUCGUGAAGUGUGUGUUCCCCUACAGAUAGAGCAGCUUUCACUGGAAUUAGAUGCUUGGAGGGCAUGUACCCGUUCAUCAAACAAAUUAAAUGAAGAUAUUCCAUACACACCACCUUCAGAGUCACAAAGAAAGGUUUAUUCAAAUCUUCUACAGAAAAUAAAAGAGGAACCUCUUAAAGGUUUGAUCGGACCAGACUAUGUCACAGGAUCCAAUCUUCCCAGUCACUCUGAUGUGCAUGUAUCUUGUUUAACAGGGUUACGAAUACAGGGCCCUGUGUUCUUUCUUGAGGAUGGCAAGUCUGCAAUCUCAUUGAACGAUGCUUUAAUGUGGGCAAAAGUCAAUCCGUUUUCACCUUUAGGAACAGGAAUAAGACUAAAUCCUUUCUGAAUCAAUUUUGGUUGUUUAUAUAUGCCUCAUUAUUGAGGUUGUUUAGUAAAAAGCUGCUUAACACAUGAUAAUACAUAAAUGUGUGGAUUGGAUUUACAUAUUUAUGCUUUAACAAACAGUGCGUUUUUAGUGAACAAAUUAUCAUGCUUGUUUCUAUUUUAAUUUUUUUUUUUUUUUAUUCCAACCAAUGCAGCUAUAGUUUAUAAACAUUGUGUUUGGCAAUGGUAAUAUCCUGUUAAACCCAGUACAUAAUAUGGGAAAUGAGCUUAAUGGUUUAAAUACCCAAAGACCAGAAUUCUAUGUUUAAGAGUUUGUGUCACAUGUAUGCAGAUUACAUGUAUUCCGCACAGGGUCACAAAAUUCUUAAAAUGUUCGAACAAAUUCUCUGAUUGUUCUUGUUCAUGCGAAUGCUGUACAUAUGUCCAAACAAAGAAUUUAAACUGUGAGAUUUAUUAAUGUAAAUUUUAGCAUACAAUUUGUACUGUAACUGAAUGUGUCUAGUACAGCACUUAAUAGAAAGAUGAAUGCCUACAUUUUUUUACCAUAUACAUUUCCCUUACAUAAAUUGUUUAUACAAAUGUUAUAUUUAAUAA